UCCCCACCGCCCCCGGGGCGGGCCGCCCGCCGCGGCCCAUAUAGGGGCGUCCCGGGGAGCCGCCGGCACUCGCUGUCCGGGGGAGCGCGGUCCCGUUGCUCCCGUCUGACGGCUGCUUUCCCUCGGCGACACAGGCUCCUCCCGGAGAGAGGCGGGUUCCCCGUCGCGGCGCUGCCAUGGCCUCCGUACCCUCCGCCGGCUGCCUCCUGGCCAAGAACCAGUACUACCGAACAAGACAGAACUCGGAAUCCAGCGUUUCUUCCAGCUCCUCCUGCUCUUCGGAUGCUGUGAACGUUACAGAGCAGGACAAAGCAUUUCAUGGUUUGCCUGAGUUAAUUGAUAAAUGUUGGUGGAUAAAAAACUUUUUCCAUAGUGAACCGUCUCCACCAACUGUUGGCAGAAAAACACUAUCAGCAAGCAGUACCAACAGUUGAAUAGGACAGCAUGCUGGCUUUACUGACUGAGAUACUACGUACAGACUCCUUUUUCCAAGAGGCUUGUGAUGUUCCUAACGUCUGGGUUCAGCUGCAAGAAGAAAACAAAACCUUUAGGAGAGCGGAAAAGUGUAUUUUCAAAAUAUUUGGCAGUAGCUUAAGUGACAUUACUUAAUGGACAUGUCCAUGGCCUACCUUGUCCGUUACAAAGUUGCUGUAGUUUGAGAUGUCUCUCAAAUUACCGGGAUUAAAUAACCUGAUGACUUAUUUGGAUAGCUAGAGAAAAUUGACAGUAAAAGUAAGAUAUUGUAGGUUUAGGUGAAGCAUAUGUAUUGAAUGACUUUGCAAUGGGUGAUACUGGUAAGUUUUACCUUUAAGAUAUCAGCUCUAUAUGCAGUCACACUGAUGUAAACGAGAUUCAGAUACGUAGUCCAGAGUAGGACUGUUACAUGGUACAUGCUUUCUAUCGAGUAUUUGUGUACCGGUUACAGGGAGUAAGUUUACAAGAAUGCUUAUUAACAGCUUUGCUUUUAGAAAGCACAAUUACACAAAGAAACAGUAAUUAGUUUGGUCUUUUUGUUCAAGCAGGGUGUGUAGAUCCCCACCUGAAAUACCCAGGUACAACUUCCAUUCAUAUCUACAUGUGUUGGUAUUUGAGGACAGAAUAGAAGAGAUAGACCAGAAAUUAGUAAUUCUAAUGGACCUGACAUCUUCCAAGAAGAAGAAUGACCUUAAUCAGAAUUGAUGCUCCUAGCUCUGUUUUAGACUACUCUCACCUGCUUUUGCUGUAGCUUAAAGAGCUAUUUGUUCUCAAGUGACGAAUCCUAUCUAUUCACUGCUGUCUGUUGGCUUAGUUAUGUGCUAGAUCUGGCAAAGGAACUGCAUUAAUGUUAUUAACCAAGUCUACCUUUGUCAUGAUUCGUGCUCUUGAAAGAGACUGUAACGUAGCUUCAUUUGGUCUUCAGUAUUGCAAAGCAGUACAUCCGAUUUGUUUAUUCUACUGGGUAUAGCUGAAAUGCAUCAGAGGUCAUAGAAAAAUAACAAGUAUUUGGCUGGAUGAUAUAAUUUCUGUAAAUUAUCUGUGCAACUUCUUGAUGUACUGUCAGUAAACCUACCUGACUUUUGUCCACCACUGGAUAAACUAGCAAUAGCAAACAUGAAUGUAGCCAACAUUUUUCAUUAUAUGUUAGUGGUGGUUGUGGUUAUGCAUAACUCCAGAGUGUAUCAAGUGGCUGCUUCAGGAAGAGACGAUAAAUGGUGGCACAUGACACCAUUGGUGCAGACCACCUUUUGGUGGAGACAGUAAAUGCGUGGCACGUGACAACAGAAAAGAACACAGUUCUGAAAACAGUUUCAGGAAUCUUUAAAUUGAUUUGUUAUGUAUCUUACUUUACUGCUGUUGUGUAGUUUCAUCUUUGUCCUUUUUCUUAGUGUAUAAAAUGAACUAUUUUUUAUACUAAGAUUUUUUUUUAUUAAUAAAGAUUUAAUCAGUA